GGAGGGAAGGAGGGACAUCGCUCUCUUCUCGCCCUUCACAACCACAGACGCGGCGGGGGCCGGCCCAGCACGACUCUCCCGCGGCCGCGGCGCGGAUUGGGCCCGACCGGCUGCCGUCCCCGCGGGGGUGUCUGGGAAGGAGAGAUCAUGGCGGUGGAGCCGAGCAAGACGGAGAUCCAGACCCUCUUCAAGCGGCUUCGGGCAGCGCCGGCCAACAAGUCGUGCUUCGACUGCGGCGCCAAGAAUCCGAGCUGGGCCAGUAUCACCUACGGGGUCUUCCUGUGCAUCGACUGCUCCGGCGUCCACAGGUCCCUGGGCGUGCACCUCAGCUUCAUCAGGUCCACAGAGUUGGAUUCUAACUGGAACUGGUUCCAGCUGAGGUGUAUGCAAGUGGGCAGCAAUGCCAACGCGACUGCUUUCUUCCGCCAGCACGGCUGUACCACCACAGAUGCCAAUGCUAAAUAUAACAGUCGAGCUGCCCAGAUGUACAGGGAGAAGAUCCGGCAGCUGGCAAGUGCUGCUAUGGCCAAGUAUGGCACUGAUUUGCUUAUAGAUGGACUGAGUGGAGCCCCUGGGCACUCCCCUGAGAAGAGUGAUGCUGAUUUCUUCAUGGAGCACACACAGUCUUCCAGUACCUGGGAUGUAGCAGAUGCCACCCAGAAUCCUGCACAGUCUUCUCCAGAGAUGGAAAAAGCAGCAAAGUCAUCAGAAGGCAGCGAAGUUUCAAAUCCCACCCAAGGUCCAUCUAUUGACUUGUUGAGCACGUCUCCUAAGGCUCCUCUAGACGUGUCCAUGUAUCUGUCAACACAAGGGGCUGCUCCUGCUGGAGAACUUAAAUCCUCCCUCAUUGGAAAGAAGAAGCCGGGAGCUGCCAAGAAAGGGCUGGGUGCAAAAAAAGGUCUUGGAGCCCAGAAAGUCAGCAGCCAGAGCUUCAGUGAGAUUGAGCGGCAAGCCCAGGUGGCAGAACAGCUGAGGGAGCAGCAGGCAGUGGAGUCCAGGAAACAAGCUGAGGAGUCCAUAGUCACCUCAAUGCGACUGGCUUAUCAGGAACUGCAGCUUGAUCGGAAGAAGGAAGAGAAGAAACUCCAGAGCCUUGAAGGGAAGAAACGUGAACAAGCAGAGAGGCUGGGCAUGGGAUUGGUGUCCAGAAGUUCUGUUUCACACUCGGUGAUGUCUGAGAUGCAAGUAAUUGAGCAAGAGACACCGCUGGUAGCAAAAUCUUCCCGCUCCCAAUUGGACUUGUUCGAAGAUGGUGGAAGCUUCACAUCUGGACCCCCCAAGUACAAAUACAGUCCCUUCUCAUUCGAAGAUGCAUUUGGCUCACGAUGGGAAGCGGACUCUUCAUGGGGUAUGGACAAAGAGGAGGAACCGGAGGUGACCGUUUCCAGCAUUCGGCCAGUUUCAGAGAGACCCACCAGUAGGCGGGAAAUUGAGAACCGGCCAUCCAUGGUGGAAUCCAAUGAAGCUCGGCAGAAGUUUGCAGGGGCUAAAGCUAUCUCUUCAGAUAUGUUUUUCGGGCGGGAGGCAGAUGCUGAGUAUGAAGCCAGAUCCCGACUCCAGCAGCUCUCAGGCAGCAGUGCCAUUAGCUCUGCAGACCUGUUUGGAGAGGCUGACAAUGUGCACUCAGGUGGUGUGUCUAUUGGAAAUGUCCUGCCUGCAGCUGACAUUGCACAGUUCAAGCAAGGAGUGAAAUCAGUUGCUGGCAAGAUGGCUGUCUUGGCGAAUGGGGUGAUGAACUCCCUUCAGGAUCGUUAUGGUUCAUAUUGAUGACCCAGGGACUGCAAGGGGAAGCCAGCAAGAGGCACUGACGCCAACUUUGCCUGGAGUAAACUCCACAGGAUUGUCUUAUUUGUCUGGGUUGGGUGGGGAGGGGAGAAGGUAAGCAGAGAGAGUCAGGACAUGGCUGUGCCCAGGAUGUUUUCUGAAUAUCUCUGGAUUCCACUCUAUUAAAAUUCAAUGUGCCCUCAUACCCACUGCUAUCUACUAGCCAGUGGAGAUAGGCCUUCUUACAGGGUUAACCUCAUUGCUGUAAAAGAUAUGACAGGAACUACUGGGCUGCCCUCAUCAGUGCUCCUCUCCUUCUUUGGCCCAUACCUUAGCUCACCAAGUGACAGAGAAAAGGGGAAUGCUAUUUUUCUGAACAUCAUGUGACAUGACUGUUUUUUGUUCUGAUCACUGUUCCCAAUCCAUGGUGCUGUGGAGUCCUCUGUAUUUGCAGGGUUUGCCUUUUACCAUGAUCUAGUCCUUUUUACUGUCUUCUAAACCAACAAUAUGAAUGCAGGAG